AAUAAUUUGUCUGGAUUUAUUGCAGAAAUAGAACCGAAUUAUAUAGUUUAUUCUAGUAUAACAGCAGCAAUUAAUUCUGCAUAUUAUCAACAAUUUAAAACUAAUACGCAUUAUUCAGGCUUAGAUAUUUUUAAUGAUGAAAUAAUAACUCAAUUAUUAAUAGAUAUUCCAUUUCAUCCACUUCAAAUUAAAUAUAACAAUAUUAAAAUUUUUAUAGCACAAAUAGGUAUAUCAAACAAUAAGAAUUUUAAUUUUGCUGGAUGUGGAUAUAUAUCUAGUUUUAGUCAUAAAGUUCGUGACGAUCAAUGUUUAAUUGUUCAGACUAUUGAAGAAAAUAAUACAAUUAUUUAUGUAUAUCGAAAUGGAUUACAAAGAGAAAAAUAUAUUGAUAUAUCACCAGAGAAA